AUGAACACCAAAGAUAAAAAAACCUUUAAGAGGGGCCGUAAGUCCCCCAGAAAUACCGUCAAACCUGUCGAGAAGGCUUCUCAAGUACAAAAAACCCCUGGAAAUGAGGUGGUUACGGACGAAAUCGCGGACCGCGGUCCUAACAAACGUAAAGUUAAAAUGAGGGCCAUAGCCGAAGAUCUUUUUGACGAGGCUGACCCUGGUGACUCCGAUUAUAAAUUCGUCAACGAAGAUAGCAGUGGCCAAGACGAUGUUAAUACCGAUACCGAUGAUACUGUUGUUAGUGAUAGACACUUCGGUGCCACCAUUAAUGAACCUACCGAAAUUUCUGAGGCCGACUUUGUCGACAUAGAUAACGAGCCUACACCCGAAGAAAAUAAUGAAGAAAAAAUUAGAGAAUUUUUGAAAAAAUGGGAUGGUGAUAAGGCUGGGACUUGGGUUCACCUCGUAUGUGCUCUCUGGAUGCCUGGCAUGUGGAUUGGGAAAACAGCAGAAAUGAGCGAGAUUACAAUAGAAAUAAUUGAUCAAAAAAAUUGGAACAAGCACGGCUCUCAUGGACCACCAAGACUCAAUGAAUGGGAAAGGUGGUACCGAAAACGAGAUAAAUUUCUUGAGCAAGUGAGAAAGGAAGAAAGCACUGCACGAUUAAAGCGUAUUAAAUCAUAUCCUGACAGUGGCACUGGUCUUCUUGAAAUAUUUGAAGACAGGUAUGCCAAAUACCGUGGACGAAGAGAACAACGUAUAGCUAGAUGUAGAAGAAAGAUAGCUCAAAUGAAUUCUCAAAUUCAAGGACUCGGAGAGCAAAAGGAUAAAUAUGAAAAUCAAACUAAAGACUAUGCGAAUAAGAUAACAAAUUUAAAAAAAGAAAAUGCUGCUAUUGAAAAAUAUUUGGAACAAGUAAAUGAAAGUUUACUUAUUUUAUCGAAAUCAAUGAUAAAUCUUCCAAAUAAUCCGGCGCUUAAUGCCGCUCAGAGUAGUUCAAAGGUUUGUCCUUCAGUUAUCGAUAAUUCUGCAGUUAAUUCUAUAUUGAAAUUUCUUGAAACAACGCCUGAAGUGCAGUGGACAGAUCAAUCAAAAGAUAUUGCGCAAAAAAUCCAGAUUAACAAACUUGAUACUAGUUGUGUAACCUCUUUAGGCAUUAAAUCGAUACAACAAAUAGUAUCACAGAGGGAAAAGGAGCAAAAAGUUAAAAAGACUAAGAAGGGAAAAAGACGAAGUACUACUAGUAGAAAUUCGACAUCCGGAUCUUCUAAAAAAAAGGAUAAAAAACCUGCUGAUACUCGAUCUGACAAUACUGCUACUAGAAGCGUACAAGAUGUUCCUAGUCCCACAGCAAAGAAAAAACAAAGAGGACGUCCUGCUAAGAGCAAAAUUAAUGACUCUAAGAAAAAAAGUAAAGCUUCUAACAAUGAUCCAGAGAAUACUGAUUCAGUAAAUAGUAAUAAUAAUAUUACUGGUUUUGAUUCAAUGCAAGGUGUCCAAGAUACCAGUUUUGUCGAUAUAAUCGAUGCAGUUGGAGAUAGACAGACAAAUGGUGACACUUCUCUUAAAAGUGAAACUUUUGCUAGCAGUAUUUUUACUAGUCCCGCUUCGAACAUUUAUACAAAUGGCGUAGAUGUUGGAAAAUUUCCAUUUAAUGUUAACAAAAUUACAAGCAUUGCUACUCUCCUAAAUCCAGUAGAAAACAUCAUGUCUACCGAGAAUAGCAGCAAUCUUAAUAUAGUUGAUAACAAUCAGAACAUUAUCUUUGGUACAAAUAAUCUUGCCAAUAGAUUAGCCAAAUGUGCAGAUGGAUUUGCCACCAAUAAUGCAGGCGUCAAUGUCAAUACGAUCAAUGAUCUGUUUAACUCCAAUAGGAUCGGAAAUAUUGGUGGAUCAUCAAUAAACGGCAGUUUCAUUAAUUCUACACCUGCAAUGUUUGCUAAUGGCCAACUUAGCGUUAAUUCAGUACGAAAUGGUGGCAAUCUUGCUAAUUCUAUUGCUACUUCCUUUGUUAAUGGAGCUAUCGCUGGUCCUUCUACUGGUGGUAGUGGUAUAGGGCAAUAUCCACAAAUGAAAGGAAUAUUGAAUCCUCUUCAUGUGACAUCAGUUCCUGGAGGGUUUGCUACUUCACCCACAAAUGAUACUGUCGCUAAAAUUUCAUAUCUUACAUCUAGUAUUGUACCUUCCACUGUUCCGCUAUUUACGGCUACUCCUACACCUGCUGGUUUUUUCACCACUACACCUGUUACUCACGAAGCUUCACCAUCGAAAAGACGAAAAGUAGAAGAAGAAAAUAAUCAAGAAACUCAACUAGAUGGAGAAAAACGUCGAAAAACUUCAAAAGGAAAGCGGCCAUCUAAAAAAGCUUCAGAACAAUCAGAAGAAACUGUUACUGAAGAUGUGCCGGAACGCCCACAAAUUCCUCAACCCAUUUGUGCGGUUUGCAAUCUUGUGCCUCCGCCUUCAACUGACCAACCAUCUGCAACUUAUAUUACUCCUACUAAAGCAAGAAAUUCAAUGUUGUUAAAAGGAAGGGAUAAAGUCCAUCGUUAUGUCUGGAGAUGUGAAGACUGCGAUCCUGGUAGCGAUGCCUCUGAUGACAGUUCUCCAGAAAAUGAUCGUCCGCCAAGUCCUAGGGUACCUGCGGAGACCAACGAAGAUCAGGGUGAUGGCUCUUCACAAUCUACGGAAAAGGGUAAAUCGAAAAAAGAC